GUUUAGGGACAGCCGUCAUAGCCUUGAGAGACCAAAGGGUGGGUGAAAGGAUGCAGAAGUAAGUGGCUCUACCUGUUUGCUUUGAAGACGGGUUCAAUAGGACGCAAUUCUCCCUGCGGCUUCCCCUCUCUACUUGCUAUUACAAAGACACCCCUCUGCACGGAAGGUGCGCCCCGAGCUUUUCUUUCGUAAGCCUGUUAGAGGCCGAAACGUGCCUCUCCCCACCACAUUCCAGCUCCGUUGACUUUCGAGGAAGCGCCGCCUGCCGCUUCGGAUGCCCUUUCUCUCCUUUGCCAACUCUCCAUCGAGGCAAUAAAGAGUCAACAACGAGCAUCGCUCCUCGUAGCUUUCUCUCCUUGGGAAAAGCCAUUUUGUCUCUCGGACGGGCAGCCCUUCCUCCCGACCCUGAGUUACCCCUUUACUUUCCGAUGGAUCUUUCGCGGGUUUGGCACCUGGUUGCUGUGUUUUGCUUGACCUACGUGCUGAUCAAAAUCAUCCGGCUGCAUCACCGAAGACAGGCGCUGCUGAAAGCUUUGGAUAGUUUUGCGGGUCCCCCUUCCCAUUGGUUUUAUGGUCAUCUCCUUGAGCUUUCACCUAUUUCUGCAGUUUACAGAAAAGUAGAGAAAUUCAGUUGUCUGUAUCCAUUUGCCUUUCCUCUGUGGUUUGGCAGGUUCAUUGCAUGUUUGAACAUCACGCAUCCUGAUUAUGCAAAACCAAUACUUGCUCGAACAGAACCAAAAGAUAAUUUUAGUUAUCGGAACAUAGUCCCAUGGAUCGGAAAAGGUUUAUUAGUUCUGCAUGGACCCAAAUGGGCACAACAUCGAAAAUUGCUAACUCCAGGUUUCCACUUUAGUGUACUAAAGCCAUAUGUUCCCCUGAUUGCAGACUCUACAAAAGUGAUGUUGGAUAAAUGGGAAAAACUGAUCGUAGAGGAGAAAUCAGUGGAACUCUUUGAACAUGUGAGCUUGAUGACACUUGAUAGCCUCAUGAAAUGUGCCUUUGGUUAUAACAGCAACUGUCAAAUGUACAAGGAAAACUCUUAUGUUCAAGCUGUCUUUGAGCUUUGCUUCUUGAUAUAUGCCAGGAUGCACCAUAUUGUAGGUCUCAGUGAUCUUUUAUAUUGGUUCAGUUCUCAUGGAUUUCGGUUUCGGAAAGCCUGCCAAGUUGCUCACCUUCAUACAGAAUUACCACGAACAAGCUUAAAAAUUGGAAUUGGUGAGCUGUUAACAUCAAAUGUUUCCAAUGCAGAGAAAGUAAUCAAGGAAAGAAAGGAAUCUUUGAAGGCUGAGGAAGAACUUCAAAAGAUCCAGGCAAAGAGGCACUUGGAUUUUCUUGACAUUCUUCUCUGUGCCAAAGAUGAAAAUGGCAUGGGAUUAUCUGAUGAAGAGGUACGUGCUGAAGUGGACACUUUCAUGUUUGAAGGUCAUGACACCACAGCUAGCGGGAUGUCUUGGCUUCUGUAUUGCCUUGCACAAAAUCCAGAGCAUCAGGAAAGAUGUAGAGAGGAGAUAAAAUCCAUUCUGGGAGAUCGUGACACAAUCGAGUGGGAUGAUCUUAAUAAGAUGACUUACUGCACCUUAUGCAUUAAAGAGAGUCUCCGCCUUUAUUCCCCGGUACCUGGAGUAUCCCGAGAAUUAACCAAACCUGUUACAUUUUUUGAUGGGAAAACUUUACCUGAAGGUGCCUGGGUUGUGAUAAGCAUUCACCUAAUCCACAAGAACCCCAGUAUAUGGCCUAAUCCAGAGGUGUUUGACCCACUGAGAUUUUCUCCUGAGAAUUUAUCUAGCAGAAAUUCUCAUGCUUUUCUUCCAUUCGCUGCAGGGCCAAGAAACUGUAUUGGACAACAGUUUGCCAUGAAUGAGAUGAAAGUGGUUCUUGCUAUGACUUUGCUUCGGUUUGAAUUGUCACUUGAUCUGUCAAAGCCUCCGCCUGUUCCAGUGCCUUUGGUUGUCUUGCGUUCUGACAAAGGAAUUCAUGUUUGCUUGAAGAAACUGGAGUGAACCUAUAAUUAAUAGAGGAAAUAAUUCAUGUGGGGAGCAUGCAAGGGCUUCUGUAUAAUUUUCUCUUCCAGCCAGGUGCCCUGUACAUGGUUUGAGAUUAUACUUCCAAGAAUACUUCUGUUGCUCUUCAAAAAAUUAAUAAUGACUUUCAUUAUGGUGGCUGGGAAUUAAAAUAAUAAUAUCUCUGGGGGCUGCUAAUUUAUUGAAAAUGCAAAACAGAAUGUAUAUAAUAGAAUAUUUGCAAUAAUUACCAGGAACCAGAUUUUAUCCUGAUGAAAGAUUGAAUGCCCAAGAGAUUCUUCUACUAUCAAUUCAUUCUUAAAUUAACUACAACACUAACAAAAGUUUCACUCAGUAAUUAAGUCACUAUUUUUUUAGUGUUAGUGUUUCUAUUUAGUCAUGAGUUAAUCCCUCUUGCCUUUCUUAGUAGAUCCCCUUGUCCACAAAAUGAAUGGAAAUGUCAGUAGUCUUGAAAUUGGUAUUUCUUUCCUAUUCCUAAUACAUUUAUUCUAUUUUUUUCUUUAUCACUAUCACUUCUUUAUUGACUUACAUAUGUACAAUUAUCACCUGGAUGAACAUGACCAAGGAUGCUGUGUUUUUCCAAAACUCUAGGUGUAGUUGUUUCACAUCUUCUUUUUUAAAUGCCAUGAGUAAACUGUG